GAGAGCGAGCCUGAGAAGGAGAGGGAGAGCAGGGGAGGGGGGUGGAUGGAAGGAGCUCUACGGGGCCGUGAUAUUCUCUCCUCCUGGAUGCUGCCUUUUCCUCUUUCAUGGCUUUGUCCCUCCUUUGUACGGUCACCCUCGCGUCCCCGGGAGCGGGCACCGGCACACCGACCAGCACUCAGCCACGGAGCCGGGGAUGAAUCAGCCCCAACAAAGAGCCUUUGAGAUGGCAGUGUGUGCUUCUGCCUGGAGGGAGGAACGCAUCAGGCUUUCCCAGGCAAGCGGCAGCCUGCAGUGUGCUCUCGCUUGAGAGCCAGCCCUCCUCCUCUUCCUCCUCCUCCUCCUCCUCCUCCUCGUCGUUUGUGUGUAUGAGAGAGAGCAAGCGUGUAUGUCCGUGUGUGAGAGUGCGUGAAUGCGAGUGUAUAACAGUGUAUGUGAGUGUGUAUGUGUAACACUUUCAAUCCUUCCUGGAGGAGAGAGGCUCUCCUCUUCGCUGGACAGCAAGGGACAUUUUGAAGCAGGCAAGCUGUCGCCCUUCUGGACCUGAGGAUGUUUCGCAAGAAGAAAAAGAAGAGGCCUGAGAUAUCAGCGCCCAAGAACUUUGAGCACCGUGUCCACACCUCGUUUGACGCCAAGCGUGGCUGUUUCGUUGGCCUGCCGACACAAUGGCAGAGCCUAAUAGAGAACCUGCGAAGGCCCAAACCCAUGGUGGACCCUUCCAGGAUCACAGAGGUGGAGCUGAGGCCAAAGAAGACCAUUGUGCGUGGGAGCAUGAUCGGUCACGGAGACUACAUUGCAGCCAUGAUCAAUGAUAUGAGCCGUCUGUCUGUGACCAGUUCCAACUCUUUGCGGAAGAGCAGCCCCUCGGCGAGGAAGAGGGCUCAGUCUCUGGGAAGGCUGGGGGAGGUGAACGAGGGAGACACGUACCAGUACGAGGGCCUGACCCAGGAUGAUGAUGAGGAGGAAGAGGGUCAGGAUCAGUGGAGGGACAGGGCCAGGAACAUCCACAGCGAGACCAACACCCCUUACUUAGGCAUGAAGAAGAGCAUCACUCUGCAGCCCAACGGGAUCUUGCCAAAGGCCAAGUCCACUUACGAAGUUGGCGUCAGCUCCAUGGAGGGACCCUCCCAACCUGCUCAGUCCCAGAACGUCCAGAUGCCCAGUCACGGGGCUUAUAUGAGUGGAGAGGUGGGCAGUCCUCAGGAGAGAGUGAUAUGGAAGAGAGAUUUCCAGCUUCCCAGAGGAAUGCCACCUACUCAGAGACCUGUAGCCUGCUUCUACAGCCCAGCCAUGACUGUACAACAACCUCACGGAGAUCAAGGGACGGUCACCACGGAGCUCCGGCCCAAUCUACCCAUGUACAUGCACCCACAGAACAGCCCAGGGAGGCCGUUCUCCUCCUAUGACCUGAAAGCAGAGUCGACAGUAAGGUACCACUCUGGUUUCCUGCCCACUGGCACCAGCAGUCCUCUUGUGGGAGGCAUCAGACCCCAGCGGACUGUGCGAUCCUCAGCUAGCUACACCCUGGGCUUGUCCCCUAACAUGGGACUGAGACCUAGUGGACCGGACCCCUUCCUCAGACACUCCGGGUGCCCCAACCCUCCUUACCCUCGUCAAGACAGCCCUUCCCAACCUCGACCUUCCCCUACAGGCUCACUAGCCACCAGUCCUCCGGGUACCUGCUCCCCUGCCUUUAGACCCCCGCAGCAUCCUUCACCCAGACCACCCCCCGACCCACCCAAGGUGACACAUGAACAGUUCAAGGCGGCCCUGCAGAUGGUGGUAGACAAGGGCGACCCACGAUCCUACCUGGAGAACUUUGUGAAGAUCGGCGAGGGCUCAACAGGGGUGGUGUGUAUUGCUACAGAGAAGCACAGCGGCAGGCAAGUGGCGGUGAAGAUGAUGGACCUGCGGCGGCAGCAGAGGAGAGAGCUGCUCUUCAACGAGGUGGUCAUCAUGAGAGACUAUCAGCAUAGGAACGUGGUGGAGAUGUUUAAGUCUGCCCUGGUGGAGGAGGAGCUGUGGGUAAUCAUGGAGUACUUGCAGGGUGGAGCACUAACCAACAUUGUGUCUGAAACCAGGCUGAGUGAAGAGCAGAUUGCCACAGUGUGUGAAGCUGUUCUGCAAGCCCUGGCCUAUCUCCAUUCACAGGGAGUCAUCCACAGAGACAUCAAGAGCGACUCUAUACUACUCACAUUAGACGGAAGGGUCAAGCUUUCAGACUUUGGCUUCUGCGCUCAGAUCAGUAAGGACAUCCCUAAGAGGAAGUCCCUCGUGGGGACACCUUAUUGGAUGGCUCCCGAAGUCAUCUCCAAAUCACCAUAUGGCACUGAGGUCGAUGUGUGGUCGAUGGGCAUCAUGGUGGUAGAGAUGGUGGAUGGAGAGCCGCCGUACUUCAGUGAAACCCCUGUAGCAGCGAUGAAGAGGCUGAGGGAUGAGCCAGCUCCCACUGUACGAAAUGUCAACCAGAUCUCUCCAGUUCUAAAAGACUUCCUGGACCGUAUGCUCACUCGGGACCCCCUAGAACGGGCCAGCGCCACUGACCUGCUGGAGCACCCCUUCCUGCUGCAGAGCGGCUCACCUCAGUGCCUGGUCCCGCUGGUGGAGCAAUAUCGCAAACGCAUGUCCCGCUGCUGACCCCAUGGGGCUCCCGGUCUCCAACACCCAGCUUCAGUCUGACCUGUCCAGGCCUCGGAAGGAGGACCAGCACCGAGGUCCAACUCCUCUAGCACCCAAGCCAAUGGGGCUAUCAGCUCCAGAGAAGCAGCCGCAGACGGCAUUUUGCUGCCAAAGUGAUGGCGGCUAAGACGCAAGUUUGGUUGGUUGACAGACAUCGCAUGGUCUCGGGCAUGAGAGAAGCACUUUAGGAGCGAGUUAAAGGCAGCAUGCAAUUCCUCACCUCUCAACUUGGUUCAAUCUGAAUGUUGAUUGGCUUCCUGUAACAUUCAGAGGGAUUCAACACAGCACAUGGUGCAUAGCAAAACGCAAAAUUCUACAUAACUAUAUGUAAUGAACACAUGCUACUCUAAAAAUCCCGUAUAGUGUUCAUAGUGGGCAUUACGGCUAGCUUUGUAAAGCUUAUAAAGUUGGCAUUAGGCUCAAACCACAGUAGCUCAUUGUGACAUUAUCAAACAAGGAUGAAGUUACCUCUGCACACUCACACUGUUGUGGAAAGUGGACAACAAACCGGUCAAUACACACUCUUUGCAUGGCCAAAUGGAGGCACACCUGGCCUGAUGUGAAUGCUUGAAUAUGUACCAAACUGGGAUGUGAAAGACAAUUCUCCUUUAUUAGCAUAAUAAAUGGGUAGAUGAAAGCCCAGCUGCUACUAUUGGGCUAUUGGAAAUUCACCAGUACCAUAUUCCUCUUUUUCAUAUUUAUUCUUUAUUUCAAAAGGUGUUGUGUGUUGUUUGUAUGAUGUGAAGUUGCAAAUAAGGUUUCAUUAUUAAGUAUGGACUUGAAACAUAAACAGAUAAAUUAAUAAUGUAAAUAAAAAUAUUGAAUAUUAGGUCUUAUACCUGCUGACUCACUGCAGUAAAUUAUAUGAAAUGAGUUUAAACUGUUACUUUUCUUUACUGAAAUGUGAGCGUAUAGUUGUGUGUGUGUGUGUGUGUGUGUGUGUGUGUGUGUGUGUGUGUGUGUGUGUGUGUGUGAGCACAUGGGUGUUUGCGUUAUGUGUGUGAGAGGCGACGUCUCAGUGUUUGCUUCUGAUACAACCCUCUUUGUAUUGUGACGGACUUUUUAAAAAUCACAAGACGUGUGUGUUGCUCCUGAGGAAGAUGCGUGUAUGACUGUAUUUGCAUUUGUUUGCCUAGAUAAAGCACACAGGCCUGGCAUGUGAUGCUGCAGGACAUCAGCCUGCUGAGAAACACUUUGCACAUAGUCUUUGUAUUCUGACACGGAUACAUGUUGACAUGUUUCAUGUAUUUCUAUUUCUGUGUGGAUCAUUCAUGAAAAAGAAUUACACAUUUUAAUUUUGUAUAAAUCAAUAAAUAAUGCAUACUGAA